UUUUCUCCCUGAGUUUCUUCGUUUAAUCGUUUCUUAUGUUUUUAUUUAUGAUUUAAUUAUAAUUAUAUUAUUAAUAGUAUGGAUUCGUCGGCAUCGUCAUCUGUUAUGUGCUCGAAAUGUACCAAAGUUUUUGGACGUAAAUGGAGCUUGGAAAGGCAUGAGAAAUCGUGUUCGAAUGUUAGUAAGGAUAACGAAGACGAUAAUAAAAAUGUAAUUCGUUGUCCUGAAGAUGGUUGUGGACAAAUACUUUCUGCACACAAAUUACUCAAGAACCAUGUUAAAGAAUGCCAUGGUGUGGAAUUGGAAGAACAAAAUCUUCAUUUUCCUAAUUAUGAUGCUUUCAUAACCUGGAAAAAUGAACUUGAAAAGGACAAUCUCUGUAGAUACACGGUAAGGGCAACUGCUCGUUUGAAAGAUGGGAAUCGUAAGCAUUAUCAUUGCCAUCGUAGCGGCUACUUCAAAAGCAGAUCAACUGGAAAAAGACGUUGCAAAAGUCAAGGGUCAAAUCGAAUAAAUUCAACGUGUACAUCGUCAUUAGUUGUGACUGAAAAUGUUGGCGGAGUUGAAGCUAAGUUCUGUGCAACACACUUUGGACAUGGAAGUAAUUUAUAAUUAUGAAAAGAAAAAUGUAGAAAUAUCGGAAUACGUACACCAUCAUAAAAAAUAAAACAAGUCCAAAAACAAAAAAGAAAAACUCGCUUCAAAUUUGCUCCUGAGACGCUCGUUUCUUGGACACCCGGUACUUAGAAUGUGGCAGAUGGGUCCUUUUCUCUUAUCAUCGAACAACGAAGGAACUAAGCUGUACCCGGUAUUUUUAUAAUAUUAACAUUAUUUUUCAAAGAAUAAUGUUAUAAAUGGAUUAAAUUAAUUUCGAUGUACGUGAUAAUAAAUCCAAAUAGAAGGAUUUUUAAAAAUUACGUGAUCUGAAAAAAAAAAUGGUUCGGGACCGAGACCGAAGAUGUUGUGCCUGUGGAAACUCAAAGGACUCGUUAUUCAGAAUUCCAAAGGAUAACGAUAAAAGAAUAUUAUGGCUGUUGGGAUGUGGGAUUGAUCUUUCCAAUUCCUGGGCUCUGCCAGAAGAUGCCAGGAUAUGCAGUGGUCAUUUCAGGAAUGAGGAUUUCACUAGGAGUAGUGAUGUACAAAUUCUAAAACAAAGAUUGUAUAAAGGAGCUGUUCCAUCGAUAAUAAUUACUCCAAUGACAAAUUCGAAAUCCGGAAAACAUUUCAAAAAAAAUUGUUUUGUAUGUGGACUCCUGGAUAACUCAGAAAACCGUUCCUUUCACCUCUUUCCCAGAAAUUCAGAACUUAAAAAUCAGUGGUUACAGAAUCUAGGAAUUGAAAAUUGUCAUCGUUUGCUCACCGAUAACCAUCGUAUAUGUAGCAUUCAUUUCUCCGAUUGUGAUUUCAUUGGGAAAAAUCUACCAUUCAGGAAAAAAACAUUGCGAAAGAAAGCUGUACCUUUCAAUGUAAAUCCGCCACCUGUUACCACUCGUCCAGAAGUACACAAUGAAAAUCAUACAAAGGAAGGUGAUGACACCUUAAACGCUACUAUAAAUUUAUGUGACGUUGAGAUGAACAUCUCCGAAACUACUCCGACGACAGAUUUCGAUUGCCAAACUGAUGCCUCGGAUUUAAUCAACGAAGUUGAAACGUUCGAAUCUUCUGUCUUCACAAAGACUCGAGAUGUGGCUUGCCAAGUUGAUGUUUCAAACCUCUUUGUUUUAGGCGGUUCUCAGCAGUCACAUUCAAAUAUUCAUGCAGAUGAUAGUUGUGUUCAAAAAAACCAAAGCGAAGACCACGUAACUUUAUCAACUUCUCGUACAACUAAUCGUGAUAAUGGACGUUGUCAUAGAAUUUUCGCUGAACCUCGAUAUGUGGGGGAUAUUCAAUCACCACAUUUAUCUGAUCUCAGACGUGCGAAGAAAUAUUUGAACAUGACUAAAGCAAAAAUCAAAUCGCAGUCCAAAGUUAUCGAAACGCUACAAAAAAAUUUGAAUUUUGCUCGAAGAAAAGUAAAGAACUACCGCGGUUUAAUUCUUCGUUUGAAAAGUACCAAUCGCAUAUCAGAAAGUGCUGCGAAUUGUUUAAGGGUUGGGUUAGUUUGAGACUUUGGUAUGUUAGUUGUGGCACAUCUUAAUAAGGCUUUUGACGUAUUGCGGGUUGCAUAUCGGUUUGCCUGAACAUUAUCGGUUUGGUGGGCAUUCUUAUCAGUAAGUAUCAAAAUUUCAUAUUUUGAGCAAUUUUCACAAGGUGUUUUUGAAAUGUAUAGCUUUUAUUUAGUUUUUUCUUCAAUUUUAAACACUGUUAAACCCUGUAAUAGAAAAAUAUCCUCUCUUCGUCGAGUUUUAAAGAAGUUGAUAAAACGUCUUUGAACCUCGACAAAGAGGGGAUCUUUUUCCAUCACAGGAUUUAACAGUGUUUAAAAUUGAAGGAAAAACUAAAUAAAAGCUAUAAAUUUCAAAAACAUCUUGUGAAAAUUGCUCAAAAUAUGAAAUUGUGAUACUCACUGAUAAGAAUGCCCACCAAACCGAUAAAGUUCUGGAAAACCGAUAUGCAACCCGCAAUACGUCAAAAGCCUUAUUAUUUCAGUGAGUUUUUUAUGAGCUUUUGGAAUAAUAUCUUUUCUAAAUUAUGCUACGAAUCGCGUUUUUUGAAAUGUAUUUUUUCAUUUAGAACCCGAAUUUGCGAUAAUUUCUGCUCUAAAAGCAUGCUAAUUUUUGGAAUCGCGAAGAAGAGUACUGACAAGGGAACCUCUUGAGGUGUCACACUCCGACUUGAACGGGACCGCGAUUUUUGGUAAGAGCAUAGUCUAAAACCCCCAAAACCAAAUUUUCAACUGCCCAAGUUCAUUUUUCGAAUUUUUGGCGAAUUUUUGAAAAUUUAAAAUUGACUGUUUUUGGCGAUUUAUGCUUUUUUUUUAAAAGUACGUACUUGAUCAGUAAAAAUGGUCAAAAUAAGUCCCAAAACUAAUAUUAAUUACCCAAAUCCAAAUUUCACCAUUUCCAGCCAUUCUGGAGCCUCCAGCGCGAUUUUUAAUUUCUCCAGAAUUUUAAAUUUGCUCCAGAAGGCGUGAAUAUGCAGUUGGGCAGCUAAAAAUCGAGUUGUGUAUCACACUCGACCUGUUUAACGAGUGUAUCCACAUUUGAGCCAAUUUUGAGAGUGACACCUCAAAAGUGGUUUUUUGACCAGCUUUUUUCAAAAUUGAAAAAUCAAAAAAAUCAAAAAGUUUCACUUUUGCGUGGAAGUUUUCGGAAUUCGCGAGAAUCGCUGUAUUUUGUCUAAAACUAACCCCCAACUCCAAAUUUCGCAAUUUCCAGGUGUUCUGGAGCCUCCAGCGCAAUUUUUCAAUUUCUCAAGAAUUUUGAAUUUGUUCCAGAAGGUGUGAAUAUGAAGUUGGGCAGCUAAAAAUCGAGUUGUGUAUUACACUCGACCUGUUUCUCGAGUUUAUCCUCAUUUGAGUUGAUUUUGAGAGUGACAUCUCAAGAGUGGUUUUUUGACCAGCUUUUUUCAAAAAUAAAAAAUCCAAAAAUCAAGUUUACUCCCAAAAUCAGCUCAAAUAUAUAUAAACUUGUUGAACAGGUCGAGUAUGAUACACAACUCGAUUUUUAGCUGCCCAACUUUAUAUUCACGCCUUCUGCAGCAAAUUCAAAUUUCUGGAGAAAUUGAAAAUCGCGCUGGAGGCUCCGGAAUGGCUGGAAAUGGUGAAAUUGGGAUUUUGGGGAGUUAUUUAUGGACAAAAUACAGCGAUUCGCGUGAAUUUCAAAAAUUUCCACGCAAACGGGAAACUUUUGAUUUUUUGGAUUUUCUAAUUUUGAAAAAAGCUUGUCAAAAAAACACUCUUGAGGUGUCACUUCCAAAGUCGGCUCAAAUGUGGAUAGACUCAUUAAACAGGUCGAGUAUAAUACACAACUCCAUUUUUAGUACCCAACUGCAUAUUCACGCCUUCUGGAGCGAAUUCAAAAUUCUGGAGAAAUUGAAAAUCGCGCUAGAGGUUCCAGAAUGGCUGGAAAUGGUGAAAUUUGGAUUUGGGUAAUUGAUAUUAGUUUUGGGAUUUAUUUUGACCAUUUUUAUUCAUAAAGUACGCACUUUUUAAAAAAAUGCAUAAAUCGCCAAAAACAGUCAAUUUUGAAUUUUCAACCGUUCGCCAAAAAUCGAGAAAUGAACUUAAGCAGCUGAAAAUUUGGUUUUGGGGGAACCGAAUUCGCGGUAAUUUCAGCUCUAAAAUCAUGCCCGUCCAUUUUUAGUAUUGCGAAGAAACGUACUGAGAAGUGAGAUUUUGUUGUUGUUUUUUUCAAAAAAGUAAUAAAAUUUACAGGCCAUUUUUUUGUUAAUUCCGUCUCAAGUUUAUUCCUCUGUUCCGAGUUUUUGUGAGCUUUUGGAAAACUGAAGCUGGAACCAUCGAACCUGAAACGUUGAAAAAAAACCGAAGCAAGAACCCAGAAAAACUGAAACCAGAACUCAAAACAUCAAAAAAUAAUUUAUUUUAAUUUUCGAAAAAUAAGAAUGUGAAAUUUUCGUAUUUUUGAUUUUUUGAAAUGUAAUGUUUGAACUUACUUUUUAGUGUACUUUAAUUUAAAAAAAUGAAUUCUUAAUAACAAUACAUCUUAACUGGUACAUAAUUAAUAAAAACAAUCAAAGACUGUA